GAUAUUGAUCUUAUCGAAGCGCGUUCAACUUUUACCAUUCUUUUUAUUAGUCUCACCAUUCUAUGAGUAACUUAUACAUUCAUUAAUUUAAUGAAUUAAAAUAAUCAAAUUCUUUUCAUCAACCUUUUCUGCCAUUCUUUCUUCUUCCCACCUUCCCAUCUAUCCACAUCACUUCACUUCACAACUUCUCAAUUCUCACCCUCAACAUCCAAAUAUGUCUUCCGCAGAUGACUAUCCCAUCGCACCAGAUAACAAUGCUCCGGGCUCCAAUCCCAACGACGUCGAAAUGGGCGACCCCAAUCCCAGCGCCGUCAUAAUCGAAAUCGACGCGUCCGCCGGCACUGAAACCAACACCCACAUCUCCAACGAAGGCGACAACGAUGCCUCGGGCCCUGAGCUCCAGGAAACAGCCAUGGAAGAUAUUCCCGCCCGCGUUACCUAUAUCGAUUACCUAAAAAGUCCCAUGAUCGCAUUACUAGUCGGCCAAGGCGAUGAACAAGCCCUCCUACAUGCACAUCAAUCUCUCCUCUGCAAAUCACCCUGGUUCGCCGAAGCCUGCGGGAAAUUCAGCAACGACGUCAGCGAGCGACGCAUUGAUCUCGUCGACGAGGAUCUCGACGCCGUCGGCUGUUUUCUCGAAUACCUAUACACGAACGAUUAUUUUCCGCGCAAGAUCCCCGGGUCGCGCGAUCUGGAAUCCGAUCCUGCGAUGCCGGAUGUGGAUGAGACGGGUGAUCAAUUGCUCAAACAUGCUCGUGUGUAUACGCUGGCGGAAAUGCUGCAGCUGCCGAGUCUGAAGAGUCUGGCGAGUAGCAAGAUUCAUUGUGUGAAUAGCACGGCUAAGGGAGAGAUUGCAUAUGCGCGAUAUGUGUAUGCGCAUACGCAGAAGGAUGAUCAGACGAUUAGGGCGCCGGUGGCGAAUUUCUGGGCGACGAGAAGUCAUACUUUGAGGAGUGAGGCGGAGACGGAGUUCAGGGAGAUGUGUUUGGAGUAUCCGCAGUUUGGUUAUGAUGUUUUAACACGUGUACUGGACGAAAAGCUCAAGAGAGAAAAGAACGACAAGAUGCAUCCAUCGCACGGUACACCCGGCAGUUCUCGAAAGAGACCACGUCAAAGUGGGAUUCAAUGAAUGAAGCAUUGGGCCGAACGGAGCUAAACUGGACAUGUAAGAUGUUACAUGAAGGAAUUGUAUCACAUUUCAUUGCGUCGUCUCUUCAUUUGUAUUCGACUGCGUUGUAUGAUAUGAUAUGAUAUGAUAUGAUAUGAUAUGAUACACGAUUCGUCUCUAUAUAAAGAAGCAUGAGCAGUUAUCUAGAGGAAUGCAAGACGAAAUAUGAGAGGAAUAGUGUCAUAAUGGGCAGACGGAUGGAUGAUUGGAUGGACCUAUGAAUACUAUGCAAACGAGCAUACCCAAGCAUAAGCAUAAGCAUAUGUUACACACACACCACAGAGAUGAACAGCCACCACCACCAAAAUAUCACAUAACAUAACAAGCGAGAAGUACCGUACUGCCAAAAAAAAUGAGGAAAGGAAAUUAGUCAAUCGUGUACUGGGAAUGAGUUCAUGGGCUUGCUUGUAUAAUAUCAAUAUCA